AUGACGUGUGAUGAAAGUUUUUUCUCGACGCUGGAGAAGAAGAACGGCCCGAAAGUUUUCCUGGCUGAUGGGAAAAUAGCGAAAACAGCCGGCCAUGGUGAAGGGACAGUGCUCGGUGUUAACGGUAACGGUGAUGCGGUCGAUGUGAAGCUUGUUGACGUUUUGUAUGUUCCUUCGUUGACGAGUGGGCUCAUUUCGGUGGACAAGCUGACCGCAAAUGGUUUCACGGCCGUUUUUAGUGCUAACGGAUGUGAGAUCCGUGAUGCUACCGGCUCAUUGACGGUAGUAGGAGAGCGCUCUGGCUGUCUGUACCGGCUGAAGCUAGCGGAAUCAUCAAAGAAAGCUCAAGGUAAGACACACACUACUAAUUGUCAGCAUCAAUGGCACCGACGUUUCGGACAUAGGCAUCCGGAUGUGAUUAGAAUUCGCGAGGAGAAGUUAGGCACCGGUAUGAUCGUUACCGACUACGGCACCCGUGAAUGCUGCGAGCCGUGCCUGGAGGAAGUCGACGCAAGUGCUAGAUCUGGUCCACACGGAUCUGUGCGGGCCAAUGCGGACGACGACACCCGGUGGUAA